AUGGACGUGAUACAUCUAAACCCCAAGAGCAAUAAGCAACACCUCCCCCAGGAGAUAUUUGACUGUGUAAUUGACCAUCUCCACGAUGACACAAAUGCGCUACGCGCAUGCGCACUCGUCUCAGCCUCAUGGCGCGCCUCUGCCCAGCAGCAUCUCUUCCGCCGGAUAACGCUCGGCCCAUGGAAGAGAAAAACGCAAUUCUUCGCCCUCCGUCCAGCGCCGUCGCCCUGCGCACGGCUCGUCGAAUGUAUACGCAACAGCGGCGCAGCAGCAAGCGUUGCACCGUACAUCCACGAACUGCAUCUCCAGGAGGGUAUCGGUGCGCGCACUUGGUUUGAGCAGGAGAGCGUCAUACUGGCCGCGCUCCUGCGUGCACUCUCUAACCUCCGCCGGCUGGACAUCAGUCCCACGGUGGGGAUGCACAUAUAUUGGGAGCGCUUACCCGGCGAUCUGAAAAGGGCACUGGAGGGGAGCAUGAAGUUGGCGUCGUUGACGGAGCUGAAGCUCGGUGGUGUGGCAUUCGUAGAUUUUGGAGAGGUGCACGAGGUUUUGAGGAAGUGUGUGUUUUUGAGAGUACUAGAGGUGGACCAUCUGCUGGUGCAGGAUGAGAGUUUAGAGGAGUUAUCCUCAGCACUUGCAGAAGCAAAAUAUGUGUACUCCGCCUCGGACCCCAGAAAGACAAAAGGAACACGAGAUCGAACGCCUUUGGACGUGCUUGUUAUUGGACCCAGGACUCCGACUGCAUUUGUUGCUUUCCUGCUUGACGAAGCAUCACCAUUUGCAGUGGACGCGGUAAGAAAGCUGACAGCAUCCCUCUCUGGAAGCUUUCCGGAGUUCGCGAGGCUGUUGCACGCCUGCACGUCUGUUGAGAAUCUAGAACUGACUCUCAUGAACGACGUAAGCCUUCAGGGAUAUUGGACGUUGCCAGACAACCAGCGCUUUGAUUUAUCUCAAGUACCGCGUUUGAAAAAUCUCAAAGUUAACAUCGACGUGUUGCAGAAAAUGGACGAUCCACUACCUUGGUUGGGAGCUCUGUUCAGAACGGGGGUUGAUGCAUCCCUGCCGACGAGGCUAAACAAAGUCGAGUCAAUUUGGAUCGUGUAUUCCAUCUAUCUCCCCGCACCAUACAUGGACAGGUCCGCCAAUGUCGCGAUAUUCGAUAAAUGGAGGGAUAUAGAUCGUAUCCUGAGUGGUGAAAGUGACUCGAUCGAAGCAGAGAAACAGGGUAUUAUACAUAUAGAUGGGCCGUAUGGGAAUUUGAACCGGGUCAAGUUGGAUUUUAUGUUGGAGAAUCCGAUCGGGUUUGGUAUAGCACCGAGGUUUAUGAGGGAGUUGGUGCUUGAAAGUCCUGGUUUGGAGAGAAAGGACAUCCUGCGCGUGAAAGCGUUCGACACGAGUAAAUAG